AAAAAAGCUUUGGCCUUUGCGAGGUAGGAGUUGUGCAGGUGGGGAACUGGGAAUAAGCGCGUUGGCUACUUACACAGUUACACUAUAGUGAAGCAUAUUUUACACAGUUGUACAUUACCCACCUCAAAUCAAAGGAACUAUAUAUAAAAGGAUUAGUUUUUCAGUUUUCACGAGAGUUUUGUCUUGGAUUGGAUCCAUACAAAUUCUUUCUCUCGCUCCCAAGUAUGUAUCAGACAAGAAAGGUUUAAUAAUGAGAGAGGGAUAGAUGUAAUUGGGAUUUGAAGCCUAAAGAAGAUAAAAGAACAAGAACGAGAAGAACCGAAGGUGCUGCUUUUUGUGGGUUUAAACGGAAAACCAUUGGUGAAUUUUUUCUGAUUUUCAGGAAUUCUUUCUGCACUUUGUUUCAGCACUUUAGCAUAUCUGUUGUGCUCCUGUACAAGGUUAGAAAAUGUCUAGGCCUCUGCAUCGAGGCAUAUCAGGGAGGAACUCAGGGAACAGUCAAGAGUUAUGGGACUCCCAAAUGAAAGAUAAAACAGAAAAGGAAGAUUUGGAUAGAAACCGUUCGUCAGAUCAAAGUUAUUUAGCCCUGAAAUUUCCUCUUAGGGUGCUUUUCCCUGAUAAUAGCUCUCCUUCUAAAUAUGGAACUGGUGAAAAUGGCUUUGCAUCUGAUCCAUUCAGCAUUGGUACUCCAAGAAGUAGGCACAAAUUCACAUUGCUGCUUUUGAAGCUGAGUUUAGCUGUGAUUUUAGUUCUUGCUCUUACUGGAUCUUUCUGGUGGACUAUCUCAAUAUCAACCUCAUCAAGAGUUCAGAUACUCCAUAAUUAUAGGCGGCUUCAGGAGCAACUUGUUUCGGACCUAUGGGAUAUUGGCGAAUUGUCUCUUGGUUCCUCAAGGUUGAAGGAAGUGGAGUUCUGUCCUCAGGAGUCUGAAAAUCAUGUUCCUUGCUUCAAUGUUUCAGAGAACCUUGCUUUGGGUUAUUCUGAUGGUACUGAGAAUGACCGUCAUUGUGGGCAAGUAUCAAGGCAGAAUUGUUUAGUGCUUCCACCAGUAAAUUAUAGGAUUCCUCUUCGAUGGCCUACUGGAAGAGAUGUUAUCUGGGUCUCAAAUGUUAAAAUUACUGCACAGGAAGUACUUUCCUCCGGUAGUCUGACCAAGAGAAUGAUGAUGUUGGAUCAAGAGCAAAUUUCCUUUCGUUCAGCCUCUAUGUUCGAUGGUGUUGAAGAUUACUCUCAUCAAAUUGCUGAAAUGAUUGGACUAAGAAAUGAAUCUAGCUUCAUAAAAGCUGGGGUAAGAACCAUUUUGGACAUAGGAUGUGGUUAUGGUAGCUUUGGAGCACAUCUAUUUCGAGAACAGCUUUUAACUAUGUGCAUUGCAAACUAUGAAGCUUCAGGCAGUCAAGUUCAGCUUACUCUUGAAAGGGGUCUUCCUGCAAUGAUUGGUUCUUUUACUUCAACACAGUUGCCAUAUCCUUCUCUUUCCUUUGAUAUGCUGCAUUGUGCACGAUGUGGCAUUGAUUGGGACAAAAAAGAUGGUAUCUUUCUGAUUGAAGUUGAUCGAGUUUUAAAGCCCGGUGGAUACUUUGUCUGGACUUCACCUCUUACAAAUGCUCGUAACAAAGAGAACCUGAAAAGGUGGAAUUUUGUCCGAGACUUUGCAGAAAAUAUCUGUUGGGAGAUGUUAUCUCAACAAGAUGAAACUGUUGUGUGGAAAAAGACUACAAAAAGGAACUGCUACAGUUCCAGGAAGUCUGGUUCAGGCCCUUCUGUCUGCAGUAGAGGUCAUGAUGUUGAAUCUCCUUACUAUCGACCACUCCAAGCAUGCAUAGCAGGAACACAGAGUCGCCGGUGGACUCCAAUACAAGAGAGGAGCACCUGGCCUUCAAGGUCUCAGUUGACCAAGAAUGAGCUGGCAAUAUAUGGUUUGCACUCAGAAGAAUUCACAGAGGACUCUCUAAAUUGGAGAACAGCAGUCACUAAUUAUUGGUCUCUUCUGUCACCAUUAAUAUUCUCAGAUCAUCCAAAGAGACCUGGUGAUGAGGAUCCUUCUCCGCCUUAUAACAUGCUUAGAAAUGUGCUAGAUAUGAAUGCUCAAUUUGGUGGUUUUAAUUCUGCACUGUUGGAAGCUGGGAAAUCUGUGUGGGUAAUGAAUGUGGUGCCAACAAGUGGACCUAACCAUCUACCCAUGAUUCUUGACAGAGGCUUUGUUGGUGUAUUGCAUGACUGGUGUGAAGCAUUCCCAACAUAUCCUAGAACUUAUGAUUUAGUGCACGCAGCAGGACUUCUUUCCCUUGAAGCUGGUCAGCAGCGUAGGUGUACCAUGCUGGACAUAUUCACUGAGGUUGAUCGAGUACUUCGCCCAGAGGGUUGGGUGAUAAUACAUGACACAGCACCACUCAUUGAAUCAGCAAGAGCUCUAGCUACAAGGCUAAAGUGGGACGCACGGGUCGUAGAGAUCGAAAGUAACAGUGACGAGAGGCUCCUUAUCUGCCAGAAACCUUUCUUUAAGAGGCAAGCAAGCUGAGUAUGAGUUACUCAAAAGGGAGCCUAAGAAAUUAAAUCAUACUAUUCAUAUUCAUUUUGCAAUGUUAAUUUAAUGAUCAUAAAGCUCCAGUGUAGAGAGGACAAAUCAAAAAAAUUUUGAAAACAGAAAAGGGAAACAGAUGAGAGGAAGCAAAUGAACUUUUGGUGGAUCCAACCACAAUUCCUAUGAAGCCGUAAGGCAUACAUAGGGCAAUGUAAUUACUCAGUUGAGAUGCCGGGCAAACGAGAGUAUAGAAUCAGAUUUCAAUAUCCAUGUCCCAAUGCGAUGUCAAAUUACAACUUAUACAACCACAUGAUUUAGAUUGUGAAGAUGAUUACAGAAUAAGCAAGUUCAUACUUGAUGUAGUAUAUAAAAAUGCUUGGCAGUUCAUUUAUGUAAGGAAUAUUUAUUUAUUUAUUUAUUUUUCCUUCUACUUAUCCUGUCAUUAUAAAUCUGUUUUUACA